AUGUCGCAAUGGAUGAAUAUCGACUAUGGUUUCAAGGAGGAGCUGAUGCGGACGCGAGAACGUGUCGAAGAGUUGUUUUAUUUUGAAGGAGCCAAGGUGGGCUCUUUUUUUGAAGUUUGUCCGAAAUUAAAUUGGAUUGAAGAUUGGCCGCGGAACCUAUGGCCUGGUCUACAAAGCGACGCCGAAAGUACAGUCGAAAAAGUAUCCAGCGAAGGAAUACGCGUUGAAAAUGAUCGAAGGCCAGGGAUUUUCCAUGUCGGCCUGCAGGGAAAUCGCCCUUUUUCGGGAGUUGAAGUGGGAGAAAUCGAUUGAAAAUAAGAUGAGAAGAUAGGAAAUUCUUCAGACAUCAGAAUCUGAUCUGUCUGCAACGGGUUUUCCUGACAAGCGAGAAAAAAGUCUGGUUAUUGUUGGAUUAUGCGGAGCACGACCUCUGGCACGUCAUCAAGCAUCACAGGA